AUGGAAAUUAACAAGAGCAAGGUCCUGAUCGUGGGCGGGACGGGGUACGUCGGGAGGAGGAUCGUCAAGGCGAGCUUACAGCAGGGGCACGAGACGUACGUGCUCCAGAGGCGCGAGCUCGGCUUAUACGACAUCGAGAAGGUGCAGAUGCUUCUGUCGUUUAAGAGGCUUGGAGCGAGGCUCGUGGAGGCCUCGUUCUCGGACCACCGGAGCCUCGUGGAGGCCGUGCGGCUCGCGGACGUGGUGGUUUGUGCCAUGUCCGGAGUCCCCUUCAGGAGCCAUAACAUCUUGUUGCAGCUCAAGCUGGUGGACGCCAUCAAAGAAGCUGGCAACGUCAAGAGGUUCUUGCCGUCGGAGUUUGGAAUGGACGCUGGAAGGAUGGGGCACGCGCUUGCGCCUGGAAGAAUAACGUUCGACGACAAAGUGACUGUGAGGAAAGCGAUCGAGGAGGCCCGCAUUCCGUACACCUACGUGUCGGCCAACUGCUUCGCCGGUUACUUCAUCGGCGGCCUCUGCGACUUCAACUCCCUCACUCCUCCGAAAGGGAAGGUCCAUUUGUACGGAGAUGGCAAUGUCAAAGCGAUCUUUGUGGACGAGGAUGACGUCGGGACAUACACGAUUAAGGCCAUCGACGACCCUCGGACGCUGAACAAGACGUUGUAUCUCAGGCCAUCCGACAACAUUCUCUCCCAGAGACAAUUGGUGGAGAUGUACGAAAGCCUGUCCGGGAAGAGGGUUGAGACCGUCCUCAUUCCCGAAAAGGACUUCUUGGCCUCCAUGGCAGGGUUGGACUACAUUGGGCAGAUAGGAGUGGGACAUUACUACCACAUAUUCUACGAAGGCAGUUUGACUAAUUUCGAGAUUGGAGCAGGCGGUGUGGAAGCUUCGGAGCUCUAUCCCGAGGUUCGCUACACUCGCAUGGACGACUACAUGAAGCAAUACCUUUGACUUUCAGACA